GCACAUCAAAAAUCUGCCCCAAUUGGAUACUGUCUGAUCCGAGCGUCGAUCUUGCAGAUUUGAGAUGAGGGGUGCCGAUGGUCGAAAUCCCGACAUUCCCAAUUUUUCUUUUACGUUUCUUCUUUUUCUCAGUUCUUGGAAAGUGCAUAGUUUGCUUUGCAAACCACCGAACAAUAUCCUUCCCAAAUUCCCGUUGCCCAUCCCGCCAAAACCGUCUACGCUGUGUUCAUUAUGUCUCUUUUUAUUGAUGUCAUCUCCGGUGACCAUCUGUUCUCGGACGAUUUCCCUAUAAAGGAAGUAGACGAUAUUGUCUAUGAAGUAGACUGCAAAUUUAUAGAGGUUGAACGAGCCCGUGAUGUUGAUAUCGACGCUAAUCCCUCCGCCGAGGAAGAGGACGAUACCAUCGCCAAAGUCAAUAAUGUUGUGCAUGCGUUCAGCCUGCAAGGAAUCACCUUCGACAAGAAGACCUAUAGAGACUACAUCUCACGCUACAUACAGAGAAUCAAAAACCAUCUUGAAGAAACAGAUCCGGACAGGGCUGAAGCGUUUGAACGGGGUGCAUGGCAGUAUGGGAAUAAAAUCCUCAGUCAUUUUUCAAGCUUCGAUUUUUAUACUGGACCGAGUUUCCAUGCCGACGGCAUGGUUGCUCUGCUCAACUACCGCGAGGAUGGCGACACCCCAUUCUUUACCUUUUGGAAGGAUGGACUGCAGGUGGCUGAUCGUUAAGAAUUAUUAACGAAAGUGCACUAUAUGAGAUGGUCGCACUAGCUGCAUGUAUAGUCCAUCCAGGAUAGCCUAUCAAACAG